AUGAGGAUGCUCGGUCAUUCUUUGCUCCCGGAGCUCCAAACCCAAGGUCAAAACCAUGCGGGACCUUGGUUCACUUUUGAUGACCUACCCCCGUCGAAAUGGAAGGACAAGCUUUCCGAAUUCUUGGCAUGGAUUGAUCUUCAGAUGACCCUUGAAGGGGCCACACUCAAAAAGGUCCUUGCCGAAUUUGUCAUAAGAUUUACCGGAAGCUUAAGAGAUUGGUUUCAGUCCCAGCCUGAGUACACUAGGCUUCAAUUUGUCACUCUGCCAACUCUAUCAGCAGCAGUAACAAUCCUCCAUAACCAGUUUCUUGGGAGUUAUGACCUUGUCAUAAGACAGCAGAAACAAGAGUUCUUUGAUCGAAAUUGCUGUUCAUUAAAAAUGAAGGAUCUGAAAAAGCACUAUUCGGCUAUGUCCAAACUCUACUAUGUCAUUGGAGGACAUGAUGGUGACGAUACACUAAAGUAUACCUUCAUCGCUUCUCUGCCGGAUGAAAUACAACCUGAGGUCAAUAAUAUGAUUGCGGCAACAAAGAGACCAGUCACCUCUAUUACACUUGGCGAAAUCUGGCAAUUCACACUCUCUUCCAUUAAGAGACUGUGUGAUCAACAAGAGUUAUUCAAAAGGUUAUCUCAAAGGGACUUGAUAGUUCAAAAAGCUUGCAACAAAAACCACCUCAAGAUUAAGUGCAAAGCCGCCAACUGCGUCUGUUCAAAUCAUAAGAAGAAGUCUGGACAUCAUUUCCAGAAAUACACGCGCAACAACAAGAAGUUCAGGGAAAAGAACCCAAAGAGAUUCAAAUACUUCCGUAAGAAACGGAAUCAAGGGUACAAGUCUGACAGAUGUUUCGUCUGCAAAAGAAAGGGACACUAUGCAAAAAAUUGUCUUAGGAAUCCAGAAAAGUCAGCAAAGAUGAUUCAACAAGUCAGCAUGUCUUUAUCUCUUCCAGACUCUUUUGAAGCGGAGAUAGAAUCUCUACUUUCGAAGCAAGAGGAUCUUACCCCAUAA